CCUCCUGUAUGAAAUAAGGUGCCCAACUGUUCUGAUAUUACCAUUCAAAAACAGGUUCUGUGGUGAACCUCAUUUGUGAAUCUAUUACAGAGAUUAAUAGAUUAUUUCUCCCUUUUCAACUAAUUCUCAGUGGGGAAAUUUAACCAUAUGGUAAGGAGAGAAUUAGAAUUUCAUCACAUUAGAGCGAAAUAUAAUGAAAAGAGUCCAACACCUGGGGCCAACUCCGAAAGCCACAAUUAAAAGGUUUUUAAUGAAACCAGAAAAAACCCAAACUACACAGUCUUUAGUAAUUCUGCCCCACCAGAGAGACUUACUGGAGAUGUUGGGGAAUAUUGUUUUUACUUAUGUUCUAAGGAUGAAAACUAGCCGCAAAUACCAUGUGCUUUGAGAGACUGAACUCGGAAGCGCGAGGACCGCGUGUAUGGUCCCCAUGCGGAGAGCACUUGUUUUCAUAAUUCUGCCCUGAACUAACCCUCCAGGAACAGCCCAGAUGGAUCCAGAUGUCCCCAAAGGGCUUCGGAGCAGCGGCGGUUACGUUUGCGGCUAAAUAAUUAUGCACGAAUGCCCCCACUUGGUGUGUGAGAGGAUUGGACUCUCUCUGUUCACUCUUGCGAAGCAACUGGAUUUAAAUCUUGAGGAAAGUUUGAGACUAGUUUCUUUCUGCCCGUGAAGCUGUGCGCUUCUGUCGCCACCGCCUCAGCACUGUGUGUGGACGGUUGCAAAAAGCCCUCCCCCCAACCCACCCCUUCGACUUUCAAAUCAAACGGGCUAUGUGAGCAACUUGAUCAUCAUUUUAGUGCUUUACUUUUAAUUUUUCGCCUCUGUGUAGGAAAUGGGCGGUGGAGGGGUGUGGGGAAAAGUCUUGGUGGGGAGGAAAUCUGGGUUCGCUCUUGCUUUGCUCACAUUCUAGCUGAAAAUCUAGAGUAAAUUCGGAGCAAGCCAUCAGGGACAUCAUUCCCCCACCCUCCACCCCCACCCCCCAGGUCCCAUCUCUAAAUGCAGACAUGCUAUGAACAGGGUGGAAUGUAAUUCUCUCCUCAGAGGGUAACUGAGCAAGCUGAGACAGUAGUGGUGAGUGAAGGGUAGUGGGGGUGGGGCGCCGUGGGGGCGGGUGGGGGUGUCUGCUUUCCACCGAACUCCCAGCCUUUGCCGCCGAUCUACAAUUUGCUGAAGGAGCAAAGAACAUCCUCGGCUCUAAGUAGGGCUUUUAGUGUGCUCAUUGAUGAGUGAAAGUCGCCACACAUGUCAAGCUAAAGGCAGUUGUUGGGUUACUAACAGGACCCAGCGCCUUGCAAACAUAUGCGCUAAGCUGUGUAUACAGAUGGCAGGCAGAAUAAUGGAGCAGGCGCCUUUUAUAAAGCUCUGGCUGCUGCCUGUCUUCAGACCUGGGAAAUGAAACUAUUCAGACUCGCGGCCAGAUAGCGCCUGCGAUUGUUUGUUACCGUUUUAAUCCUAUUAAUUAAAACGUUAACCUGAUUGGGUAGAAAGCGCUGUCCCAACAGGCGAGUCUUCUUCAUAAUAACCUACUCAGAGAUAAUGAUGUAAAAGACUCCCCCGUCUGUGGCGGCGGCUGGUUGAUGGGUCCGGAAAUCUCUUGAAGGUGAAUCCAAGCAAGAUAAACGGUGCGGAGAGGAGGCGCGGGGCUGGACUCAGAGCGGCGGCGGCGGCGGCAGCUCCACUCCCUCCGCGACAACCCUCCCACCAUGAGGGGCCGCGGCCCAUGGUGAGCCCCAGCAGCCAGCACCGUCGGCUGGAGACGAAGAAGAAGAAGAAGAGGAGGCGGCGAGCGCGGGGGAAGGCGAAAAAGAAAAAGAAAGAAGGGGACAGAGCUGCGGGCAGCGCGGGGACCGACGCGCGCAGCAGCUUCGGAGCCCGGCUGGUGCGCGUCUGUGCGGCCGCCUGACUCCCGAGCCCAGGCAGUGGCCGUGCCGGGCUGCAGGGCGGGCCAUGGCGAUGGAGCGCGGGCUGCACCUCGGCGCAGCGGCCGCGAGCGAAGACGACCUCUUCCUGCACAAGAGCCUGGGCGCCUCCACCGCCAAGCGCCUGGAGGCAGCUUUCCGCUCCACGCCCCCGGGCAUGGACCUGUCCCUAGCACCGCCGCCUCGUGAACGCCCGGCGUCCUCGUCCUCGUCACCUCUAGGCUGCUUCGAGCCGGCUGACCCCGAAGGGGCCGGGCUGCUGCUGCCGCCGCCCGGAGGAGGCGGCGCGGGCGGCGGUGGCGGCGGCGGCGGCGGGAGUGUCCCUGGGCUCCUCUUGGGCUCAGCGGGCGUGGGGGGCGACCCGAGCCUGAGUAGCCUACCGGCGGGGGCUGCCCUGUGCCUCAAGUACGGCGAGAGCGCUGGCCGCGGCUCGGUGGCCGAGAGCAGCGGCGGAGAGCAGAGCCCCGACGACGACAGCGACGGCCGCUGCGAGCUGGUGCUGCGAGCCGGGGGCGCCGACCCGCGGGCAUCCCCGGGAGCGGGGGGCGGCGGAGGCGCCAAGGUGGUGGAGGGCUGCUCCAACGCCCACCUGCACGGCAGCGCGGGCCUCCCCCCGGGGGGCCCUACGGGCGGCGGCGGCAGCAGCGGCGGCGGCAGCGGCGGCAGCGGUGGCGGUGGCGGCAGCAGCAAGAAAUCCAAAGAGCAGAAGGCGCUGCGCCUCAACAUCAACGCCCGCGAGCGCCGGAGGAUGCACGACCUGAACGAUGCUCUGGACGAGCUGCGCGCGGUCAUCCCUUACGCGCACAGCCCCUCGGUGCGGAAGCUCUCCAAGAUCGCCACGCUGCUCCUCGCCAAGAACUACAUCCUCAUGCAGGCGCAGGCCCUGGAGGAGAUGCGGCGCCUAGUCGCCUACCUCAACCAAGGCCAAGCCAUCUCAGCCGCCUCCCUGCCCAGCUCAGCGGCCGCUGCGGCGGCGGCCGCUGCCCUGCACCCCGCGCUUGGCGCUUACGAGCAGGCGGCCGGUUACCCGUUCAGCGCUGGGCUACCCCCGGCUGCUUCCUGCCCUGAGAAGUGUGCCCUAUUCAACAGCGUCUCGUCCAGUCUCUGCAAACAGUGCACGGAGAAGCCUUAAACAUUCCCUCCCUCUCGAAAGCCUCGAGACCGACCCUAGAGCUAGAGGAAAGCGAGAAGAUGCUCCCCACCCCUUUUAUUUUGGUCCUCUCCUAGUUGUGAAACAUUUGCAGGGCAAACAAAGCAGAGGCAGCAACUGAGAAGUAUCAGAGACAAACUGGACUUUCAGCCUUGGCAUGCCCUGAAUCUCGGUCUUUGGGGUGGGGAGGAGGGAGGGGAGAGGGAGGUUGAGUUGGGAUGGAGUGUGGAUGUCUUUUUUCCCUCAGAAAAGUGGCAACUUCAGUGACAACCCAGACUUCGAGGAAGCAGUCUUCUUUGAAGGUGAAAAAUAAGUUGAAAAGUAGUGCUUGUUUAUUGGACGUGAAAAGUACUGAAUGGCAAAAUACUAAUCCUACUAAGAGUUGCUAAUUUGGCUAGUGCUGAAGGGCAGAGGACUCCUGGGUUGAAAGGCAUGGGGACAGAAUAUUCAUUCAGACAAAUCAGAAAGGGCACUCGAAAAUAAAUUUUGAUUCUGAGCCAGGAGAAAAACUUGAAAUGCAGACUUAAGUGGAGGGAAAAGCAGAGAGAGACACAUUGCUAUGAACGACUUGCAUUUUUUAUUGUCUCUGAACUUAAAAAAAAAAAAAACGUGAAAAUGCUCAAAGUUUUGGGGAGAGUGAUAUAAAAAGCAGGUUGUGGCUGAAAGAAUUGCUUUUAAAAUAUUUAUGUGCACCUUGUUACUUUUUACUCUGCAAUGAUGUAUUAACAAUUCAUGAUAUUUAUUUGUUAUUCUUCAAUGAUCCACAUCAACAGUAUUUAUUAUGUGUUAAGGUCUUGGGUCUUAUGUGAAGAUAUUUUUUAUUGCUUCCAAAAUUCUGUUUUAUAUAUUAACUUACACUGUGUGCCAAGUGUUUAAAGGUUUAUUUGCCAACAAGUUUGAAGAGAAAUAUUGAUGUAUCUGAGCUGCUUAGGUUUUGGAAAGGUCACCUGGAUAUUUUCAGUUGCAUCAUCCCUGUAUUUAAAUUGAGCUUUAAUAAAUUGCUUCAGUCCAAAAAUUACAGGAAAGGUGUUUCUUAAUUGAUGAAUGAAUUGAUUUGUUUUUCAAAAGGGGACCUAUUUGCAUUCCAAAAGGAAAAAAACAUCACAGCAAUAGAUCUUGUAAGUAAGAACAUGCUAGGCAAAUAUAUUUUCCAGGUUGUGCUGUGCAUUUUAAAGGGUCUAAUUUAAUUGCUUUUAAUAUAGAUGUACAUAUAUAAGUUAUUUUAACUGUGAAGACUUAUUACGUUAAAAGACUGCUUUGAUUUGCUUAUGGUGUGAAAUCAUUUGUUAUUUUUCUAAAAAAUAUAAAAAUUUAAAAGAAAUGAAAUAAAGCUAAGGAAGAGCAAGAAGCUGUUUACCCAAAGUGAGCUUUCAGUUUUAGUUUGCAUGGCUAUCUGCCUGCCUUUCAUCCUAUGAAAAUCCAGAAAAACCUCUUAAGAAAUGGAGUCUUGCUGUUUUCCACUCCUUACAGAUAAUACAAAUUCAGUUUGUCAGGUUGGGUGAUGAUUUCAGAGCUGUGAUGGAUCUGUUGGUGGGUUUUGGAUGUGUAAAGAAUGAAAUAUAUAUAUAUAUAUAUAUUAAAUAGGUCAAUCAGACUAUGACAGCUAUGUACGACCAUUUGUAUGUGUAUCUAUGUCAGAAAGAAUCUUUAUUAAAAUAUUUUGAUCAAACA